UAACCCUGUAUAAACUAGACAGUCUAGACCUGACCGCCUACGUGAUAGUCGAAGUCGGCAGAGACCCAAUCCAAACCCUAGAGCCCAUACUUUUAGUAGAUCUGUGAUUGGUUCGGCCCAAUUGCAGAUAUGGGUGUCUGGAUGAGAGUGGCAGUCUGUAUAUGGAAAGUCCACACUCCAGACAAACAGAGAGCGUAGUGUUUGGUGUCUUGGACGAUCCUCCUCUUCUUCCAUGGAUGACCAUCGCAAGCACCAGGUCUCGUUGAGGGGAGCUAGCGCCAAAGAAAUUACCAGGGAUGCCCUUUUGGAGAAGGUUUCUCAAGAAAGAGAGCUCCGCAAUUAUGUGAGGCGGGCCACGGCUGCCGCAAUCUUCAUCCAGAGAGUCUGGAGACGCUACAAUGUGAUAAAGAUGGUAGCUGUGCAACUUCAAGAAGAAUGGGAAACAUUGGUGAAUCAUCAUGCUGUGUUGAUGACCAGAACAUGGAUUUCCAGUAGUUUCUUGAGACCUUUUCUUUUCUUUAUUACAUAUCUGUCAAUUCGACAUCAGAGGAUUCGUACCAGGGAUGUAGACUGUAUUCGGCAUUGCUUCAAAACUCUAUUGGAAAGCAUAAACUCAACUGAUUCAAAAAUGAACUUUUGCUCCCUAGCAACAGGUACACCUGAAGAGAGAAGGAUAUGGACUUAUGAAGCAGAGAAACUGAUUUCUAUAUGCUUAUUUAUUCUUGCGGAGUAUGAUACCCAUCCAGGGGGUCAAGAUAUUAAUGUCCUUUCUUCUAUGGCAAUGCGUCUUGUUGUUGUCUUAACUGAUACAAAAGGGUGGAAGAGCAUUACAGAUGAUAACUUUCAGGAUGCGAAUAGGGCAGUGAAGGAUUUAGUUAGGUUUAUGGGAAGUAGAAAAGGUGGUCUUUAUCUUUGUAUCAGAAAAUAUUUUAAUAAAUUGGAUGCUCCUUGUUCUUCACUGAAGAAUAGUGUUGUCCAGGCGGAUGAAAGAUUCUUGAUAACUGCAAGUGCAAUAACUUUAGCUUUGCGGCCCUUUCAGGCUGCAAACUUAGACAUCACUGAGCCUGGCCCCUUCAAUGUGCAAUAUGCUGCCGAGCAGUAUUGUGUAUAUAUACUUACAAUUCCUUGGCUUGCUCAACGUCUACCUGCAGUUCUGUUACCUGCUAUGAAGCACAAGUCUAUUCUAUCACCUUGCUUUCAGACACUACUGAUCUUGAGAAAGAAAAUAUUAAAGGAGAUGUCAGAGAUGCAUCCAUUCCAAAUUCCUCAUUGUUCCAAGGCAGUGCCACAAGUUAGUUGGGCUCUUGCAAACGUUAUAUGCCUAGCGACUGGAAGUGAGAAUGAUUGUGUGGAUCAGGGACAGUUCACUCAAGGCCUAAACCACACGUCAUAUGUACAUGUUGUUAACAUCCUUGCAGAGAACUUGUUGGAUUGGCUUGAGGAUGUUGGAUGGAUAAGAAAGGAUAACCAAGAAAUCCAGGAAAAUGUUGAAACAUGUGCAAAUCCUAUUGACAUAGCAUGCAGUCCUGAUACAACUUACGGACCAAUAAAGAUGUCAUACAUGGACCUUUUCCGUCCUGUUUGUCAGCAGUGGCAUCUUAUGAAGCUUUUGGCAAUCCUGAAGAACGUUGCCUUGAUUUGUGAUAGUUCACUACCAAACAAUCUGGAAUACUCAGGGAAGCUCGAACUACUUGAUAUUGCAUAUUUUUAUUCCUACAUGCUUAGGAUAUUUUCAGUUUUGAAUCCUGUAGUUGGGCCAUUGCCUGUUCUUAACAUGCUAGCUUUUACUCCUGGAUUUCUUGUCAAUCUAUGGGAGGCACUGGAAGGUUACCUUUUUCCUGGAGAUGUUAAGUUUUCUGAAGAUAAUGAUCUUUGCAAAAGCAAAAUUUCUACAAACAAAAAUGAUGGGGCUUAUGAGAAAAAGCAAAAACAGGCCUCUAAAGAUGGAGGUAAUAAAUGGGUAACCAUGCUUCAGAAGAUCACAGGUAAGUCACAGAUGGAUGUAGAUUUGAUUUCUGGUCGAACUAGAACCAGCCAGGUUAAAGAAGAUGCUUUUGAUGUAUGGGAUGUAGAGCCUUUAAGGUGUGGUCCUCAGGGUAUUUCAAAAGAUAUAUCAUGUCUGCUUCAUCUGUUCUGUGCCACCUAUUCACAUCUGCUGUUAGUUCUCGAUGACAUCGAGUUCUAUGAAAAGCAGGUUCCUUUCACACUGGAGCAGCAGCGAAGAAUUGCAUCAAUGCUCAAUACACUAGUGUAUAAUGGUUCAUUCCAUGGUAGUGGUGGCCAGCAGAAUAGACCCCUCAUGGAUGCUGCAGUAAGAUGCCUACAUUUGUUGUAUGAAAGGGAUUGCAGGCAUCAAUUUUGCCCUCCUGGCUUGUGGCUUUCACCUGCUAGAAAUAAUCGGCCCCCAAUUGCAGUUGCUGCCCGAACUCAUGAAGUUUUGUCAGCUAAACCAGAUGAUGCUUUGACCAUUCCAAGCAUGGCUCCUGUUAUCACUACAACACACGUAUUCCCAUUUGAAGAAAGAGUUCAGAUGUUCAGAGAGUUCAUCAAGAUGGACAAAUUCUCUCGCAAAAUGGCUGGUGAGGUGGCUGGACCUGGUUCACGAUCAGUUGAGGUAGUAAUUCGUCGAGGUCACAUUGUUGAAGAUGGUUUUCAACAAUUAAAUUCACUUGGUUCAAGGUUAAAGUCAUGCAUCCACGUUUCAUUUAUUAGUGAAUGUGGCCUUCCAGAGGCUGGUCUGGACUAUGGCGGCUUAUUCAAAGAGUUCUUAACUGAUAUAGCAAAAGCAGCCUUUGCUCCUGAGUAUGGGUUGUUCUCUCAAACCUCAACUUCAGACAGACUCCUAAUCCCUAACACAGCUGCAAGAUUUCUGGAGAACGGUACUCAGAUGAUUGAGUUCCUUGGAAAAGUUGUUGGCAAAGCACUCUAUGAAGGAAUAUUAUUAGAUUAUUCCUUUUCACAUGUUUUUAUACAAAAGCUAUUAGGACGAUAUAGCUUUCUUGAUGAACUAUCAACUCUUGAUCCUGAGCUCUACAGGAAUCUUAUGUAUGUUAAGCAUUAUGAUGGGGAUGUGAAGGAACUCUCUCUGGAUUUCACAGUUACAGAAGAAUCAUUAGGCAAACGGCACAUUAUUGAGCUCAAACCUGGUGGCAAGGAUGCCAUUGUGACAAAUGAGAACAAGUUGCAGUAUGUCCAUGCUAUGGCAGACUAUAAACUUAACCGGCAGAUGCUGCCUCUAUCAAAUGCAUUCUACAGAGGGUUGACUGAUCUUAUUUCACCUUCUUGGUUGAAGUUGUUUAAUGCAAGUGAAUUCAAUCAGUUGCUUUCAGGUGGAAACCAUGACAUUGACAUUACUGAUUUAAGAAAUCACACACGGUACACAGGUGGUUAUACUGAGGGCAGCCGGACAGUUAAACUCUUUUGGGAGGUCAUUACAGGUUUUGAACCAAAAGAACGCUGUAUGCUUCUUAAAUUUGUGACAAGUUGUUCUCGAGCUCCAUUACUUGGAUUUAAACACCUGCAGCCAACUUUUACAAUUCAUAAGGUUGCAUGCGAUGUGCCUCUUUGGGCAACAAUUGGGGGACAGGAUGUAGAGCGACUUCCCUCAGCUUCCACAUGCUACAACACGCUCAAGCUUCCUACAUACAAACGCCCUAGCACUUUGAGAGCAAAGCUUCUAUAUGCAAUCAAUUCUAAUGCAGGGUUUGAACUUUCUUAGGGAUCUCGCUUAAUUUCUGUUCAAGAGAAGUAGGAACUUUACCAUUAUCAGUGGGCUUUGUGAUCAGAUUCAGGAGUGGCUGAUAGAUGUCAAAGACCACAAGUUUGAGACCAGGAAGCUUAUCUUGCAAAACUUGAGAUGUGAUGUUUAGCUUACUGUUGAAGUUAAUGGCGUCUUGAUUUAACCUUGCAACACACUGGUUGGACCCCGAGCUGAAGAGGGUGAUAGCUGCAGGCAAACACCCAGUUGGCGGUAAGGUUGUCACUCCAAUCUUCCUUACCCCUAAACCGUAUAGAUUCUGUCACAUCACAAAACAAUGUCGAUAAUGUUAAAAUACUAGAGGAGUCUGGUUUCUGAUCCGUCUCAAACUUUAUAUUAAGCUUGUCUAUAUAAACUUACAGAUUGUUGUGCAAUUUAAAAUUUCAAUGUAUUGUGUAAAAGAUUGUAAAUGAAACAAUACACUAUAUGUUAAAUCAACAGGAUCACUCCAGUUCAAUUUUGA